AUGUUUUCGACGUCAAGGACUGUUGCCGAUGAGGAAGUGGUAGAUGAAGAUGACAGUAAGAAGAACGAUGUCUAUGAGAAGGCGGAAGCCUACUGGGCCAGUGUUUCGUGUGACGUCGAUGGGAUGUUAGGUGGAUUCGCUCAUUUGCAUCUACCGGAUAUGAGUGAUUCGAAAAAAUUCAUCUCGAACUUGAAGGCAAAGAAUUACUUGAUGAAUUAUGAACGUGCGAUUGACUGUGGAUGUGGUAUUGGUCGAAUCACGAAACAUCUCUUAUUACCGAUAUUCAAAACUGUCGAUAUGGUUGAUGUUACUGAGAAUUUUAUUGCAGAAUCAUCGAAAUACAUCGGCGCUGACGACAAAAGAGUUGGGCAAAAGUUCGUUUGUGGUCUGCAAGAUUUUGAACCGUUGGAGCACUAUUAUGAUCUGAUAUGGGUUCAGUGGGUUACUGGCCACUUGACCGAUGAAGACUUUAUGAGAUUUUUCCGACGAUGCAAGGAUGGUAUCCGUGAAGGUGGUUGUAUUGUGCUGAAAGAGAACGUAUCAUCGUCUGAAGACAGAUACGAUUUCGAUCCUGAGGACAGCAGCUGGACUCGACCAAAAGAUCGUAUCGUCGAGUUGCUGCGGAGAGCCGGCUUAACGAUUUUGAACAGUCGAAAACAGGCUCAUUUUCCGCGAGGAAUGCUUGAUGUGUAUAUGUUUGCGUUGAAGUAG